UAAAGUACACGAGAAGAGGACAAAGAGAGACAUAAAAGGAGGCCAUUUGUUAUCAGAGGAGACGAGGGCAAUGAAAAUCAUCUUUUCUGUGGUGGGGAACAUCUUUUUCAGAGUAUUUCACUAGCAUGCCUUUGGACACUACAACCUAAAGUGUUGCUUCACAUCCAACAUAAAGCUUCCAUUGUGAAUCAGUUAACAAAAAAAUGAGAUUGACGAAUUUUCGAUGGAAAUUACUGGGUGUGCUGGUUGGUGGGCUUUUCGUGUGGUCUCUGUUGAGUUCUAAGGGAAGUUCAAGUGAUAUUUCUGUUCAAUAUGAUUUUCCAAGGUCUGUAUGCAAUGACAGCGAAGAUAAUAUAUAUGUCAAUCAUUUCUAUCUCCAUAACAACCCAAAUAACAGAAAUCAUUCAUAUUCCUUACGAGCACUUAAUCCCUUUAGCAUUCAAAACCCAGGAUUGUGUUUCGAGGAGCAUUCACUUGAUUUUCUUGUUUUAAUCAAUACUGAACCUAGUCAUUUUUUAAGAAGGAUAGUCAUACGUAAAACAUGGGCAAAUGUGAAUUUACAAGAGUACAAACGACUCGGAAAUUUUAGGAUUCUUUUUUUAAUGGGACAUGGAACCUCUAAAAAAAUUCAAAAAGCCAUUGAAAAAGAAGCAAAACAGCAUGGUGACAUUUUACAGGGAAGGUUCUCUGAGGUCCCAAAUAACCUUCCACAAAAAGCCCUGAUGGGACUAAGAUGGACUGCUGAAUAUUGCCUCAAGGCCAAAAUGAUCAUUCGCAUUGAGGACACCAUACUUCUAAAUAUGUUUGAAAUCAUGCGUGAAUACAAGCCAAAGUACUCCUGUACCCAAAAUUUUAUGAUGUGCAAGUUCAUCAAAGAAAGGAUAAAAUUCAUGGAUUACGAAAACCUUAAGAAGAUGAAAUUAACUCCGACCAUAACACACUGCGUUGGGAAGACUGUGAUAAUGACACGAGACAUGCUUAUCUCCCUUUACCACGCUGCACCUCAUAUGACCCCCUAUUGGUCGGAUGACAUGUACAUUUAUGGGAUGCUGCCUGCUCAGAUUCCACAUAAAACUCUAAAACCUUUGAAACUGUUUGAAGGGAAUUCUGAUCGUGCAAUAGAUUGCUAUGAGACAAACCUAAAUAACUGUGGAUUAGUUGCUAUGGAUACUCAAACAAGAAGUCAUCACAACAUUUUAUGGUCUCACAUCAAACGUUACUCUGUAUAACUAUAGUUGACUAGUUUUGGUGAAAAUUUGGGUUAUUGACUUUUGCAUAUAUGUAUUUCUGCAUCUACUUGCUGAUUUUAAACUACUUCUCUUACAACUGUUAAA